CCUGUCAGCACAUUUUUGGCCUAUUAAUAGCAUCCAGAUCCCAAAUAGCACCCUGUUGGACACAUAGUCCGCUCUUUAGGUGUGCCCUAUGUAGUGCAUUAUGUAGGGAGCAAGAAGUUUGAGAAUCAGCCAGCAUCUUAGAUUAACAUGAAUGAAAAAAAUGACCCACAGUCUGUGCCCGUGUUCCAGACUGAGUGGAUGGUAAUGGGUGGGGGUGUGACUCAGGGGGUCUUUAAGAGCUACGCUGGGUAACAAUGUAACCCGAGCCGGACGCAGCGACAGCUGGAGAGAAAGGGGAAGGCAAAUAACUGCCCUGGCUUUUCCUUACGAAGCCCCGCUCAGAGAAACAUCGGGGCCCAGAGAUGGCAGCCCUGUCAGUGUGGUCAGUUUGGACGUGCUUAGUGGUGGCUGUGCUCGUGGUCACUGCAGGAAGAGUCAGUGCAAAUGAGGAGACCCAGCUGAUAGCGGACAAGUUUAAAAACUACAAUAAGAACAUUCGCCCGGUGAGACACCCUGACGAUAAAGUGGAGGUCCAGGUCAAACUGACCCUGACCAACCUCAUCUCCCUGAAUGAGAAGGAGGAGACGCUGACCACCAAUGUGUGGAUUGAAAUUCAAUGGCACGAUUAUCGCCUGGCGUGGAACACCUCCGAGUACCACGGCAUCGGCAUAAUCCGUGUGCCGUACAACACUGUGUGGUUGCCGGACAUAGUGCUGGAGAACAACAUUGACGGUAAAUUUGAUGUAGCAUAUUACGCUAACGUGCUGAUCUACAGUGAUGGCUCUAUGUACUGGUUGCCGCCAGCUAUCUAUCGCAGUACCUGUGCCAUUGAAAUCACCUAUUUUCCCUUCGACUGGCAAAACUGCACACUGGUCUUCAGGUCUCAGACAUACAGCGCCAAUGAAAUCGACAUGAUCUUGGCUAUCGAUGCAGAGACUCAGAAACCCAUUGAAUGGGUGGACAUCGACCCAGAGGCCUUCACUGAGAACGGAGAGUGGGCCAUCAAGCAUCGACCAGCACGCAAACUGACCAACCCGCGCUACUCUCCAGACGAUCUGGAGUACCAGGAGGUUUAUUUCAACCUCAUCAUCCAGAGGAAACCUCUCUUCUACAUCAUCAACAUCAUCCUGCCCUGCUCCCUCAUCUCCUCACUGGUUGUCCUGGCCUACUUCCUGCCUGCCCAGGCUGGAGGGCAGAAGCUGACUGUGUCUAUCUCAGUUCUCCUGGCUCAGACUGUCUUCCUCAUUCUUGUCUCUCAGAAGAUUCCAGAGACCUCUCUCUCAGUCCCUCUCAUCGGCAAGUACCUGAUCUUCGUCAUGUCUGUGACCACACUCAUCGUCACCAACUGCAUCAUCGUCCUCAACUUCUCCCUCCGCAGCCCCAGCACACACACCAUGUCUCGCACCAUCAAACACAUUUUCCUAGAGGUGGUCCCUCGCUUCCUGGGCAUGGCCCCUCUGGUGGAUGACGGUGAGGAGGAGAGUGGGAUAGAGGGAGUUAGGGAAAGGAGGCGCAGCUCCUUCGGUCUGAUGCAGCGGGCUGAGGAGUACGUCCUGAAGCAGCCGCGGAGUGAGAUGAUGUUCGACAAACAGAGAGAGAGACACGGACUCACACGAUCCUUUGUGGACGCUAUAGAUGUGAGCAGUACUGCUACUCUGUAUAAGAGUCUGGCUAAGGCAGCACCAGAGAUUAAAGAGUGCGUGGAUGCCUGUAACUUCAUCGCAGAGAGCACCAGACAACAGAAUGACAUCGGAUCUGAGAUGGAGAGUUGGGUCCUGAUUGGGAAGAUGAUUGAUAAAGUUUGCUUCUGGGCGGCAAUCUUGCUCUUCUCCAUUGGAACGGUGGCCAUCUUCCUCAUGGGUCACUUCAACCAGGUGCCAGAGUACCCUUUCUCCUGGGAGAAUAAAACAUAUACUCCUGAAUAAAGGAGUAGCCCUGCAUCAGAGAGAGAGAACAGACAGGAGAAGAGAGAGAGAGAGAGGGUGAGAGAGACACACCCUGAGAGAAAUCCUGAAAGCAGUUAUUAUAUCUAAUCAGACUGUGAUCUAUAUUUUCUUAAACCUCCAAAAUCCUCUACUUAUCAUAGAAGAUUUGGGGCUGAAUGCAGUCAGGUCUGAAAUCAUUCACCACCCUUACUAUGAAUGUUGAUAAACGUUUUCAUUAGAAACAGAAGCUUUAUCAUUUAACUGGCAGGAGCAAGGACUUCAUGUCAUCUCUUUUACUUACACUCUUAAAAAUAAAGGUUCCUCAGUGGUUGCCUGGAUGUGCACUUCUAGAAACACCUUUAACCGGUACAGAGGUUUUACAUUAUGUGAAGCUCCUUUGUAGGUUCUUCAUUUACAAUCAUUUCUCUGAGGAAAGACACUUUAAAGGUUCUUAAAGGAAGCAAAAGUGGUUCUUCUUGGUCAUCAUUCCCAAGAACAUUUGAAAUGGCCCAUAUCCUACAUCUUUUGUAUUUUAUUUUGUCUCCCUCGUAACAGUUGUGUGGUUUUAUGUACCAAAAAUGGUCAUAAUUCAUUUUUACAUGGCCAUUUUCCAACCUUUCUUUAUACCUUAGAAUUAAACAAGUUGUUUUCAUCACUGUGCUUCAAGCAGCAUAUAGCCAUGCGACCUCUACAGGCAAACACUGGCAGUAGAAUGGGUCAUACUGAAGAGCUCAGUGACGUUAAACAUGGCACUGUCAUAGGAUGCCACUUUCGCCACAAGUUAGUCAGUGAAAUUUCUGCCCUGGUAGAUAAUUGCAAUUGUUCAUUUUCUUUCAGCCAUGAAGCAACAGAUCAACUGAACAGCAUAGCGCAUAAAAAUCACACAUUCUUGGGGUCCACAGGAUCUUCAUGAAAUGGGUUUCUAUGGCCAAUUAGUGAUGGUCAGGUGUCCACAUACUUUUGGCCAUAUAGUGUAAAUGGAAAUGAGCUCUGCAUUGAUUGGCCACCCUGUAUUGUGCCUAAACCAAAAGCUCUCAGAACUUAAACACUCCUUAGGAUUUCCAUGUGAAUAGGAGGGGCUAAACUGAUAUCUGAAGAAGUGGACAUUUGUAAGUUGGUUCUUGUGACAUCACAGAAAUAAUGAAUUUAAAACAGGCUGUUUUUGAAGCUUAGUUUCUUAGUUUUGAUAUGGUUCUUGGUUUGGACAACAAUAAAUAUUUUACGUCAGAAGUUCCCAACACUGGUCCUAGUAGAUUACUAGGAUUUUGGGCACCACUGCGCUGCAUUAUGGAGAUUUUUCAAAGUUAAAAAGUUCUUCACAUUCACACAUCGUAUUUA